UGACCCUCGGAAGCCCCCGGGGUGUGACCCUCGGAACCCCCACGGGUGUGACCCACGGGUGUCACCCAUGGAACCCCCACGGGUGGGACCCACGGGUGGGACCCACGGGUGGCACCCAUGGACUCCUCCCAUUGCCUCCCCACGGGGUGUGACCCACGGGGUGUCACCCAUGGAACCCCCACGGGUGGGACCCACGGGGUGUCACCCACUGACCCCCCCCUGGGGUGUGACCCACGGGUGGGACCCACUGCCUCCCGGGGUGUGACCCUCGGAACCCCCGCGGGGUGUGACCCACACACCCACCCCAACGGGACCCCCCCUCCAAUGCCAGCAACGCCCAUGACUCUGGGACCCCUGAGACCACCGGGAAACCCCCAGACCCAAACCUUGGCACCCCAAACCCCUGAGACCCCCCCACAGCCAAACUGUGACAUCACAGUACUGAGGCCCCCAGACUCCGGAGACCCCCAGACUCCGGAGACCCCAGACCCAAAUCCCAGGACCCUCCAUUCCCCAAGCCCCCCGCGCCCCCUCCUCAGAGCUCCUGGGGGAUUUUGGGGCGGGCGGGCCCGGGCCCCCCCCCACUUCCCUCCCUCGGGGCACUGGGGCGAAUCUCCUGCAGGGCCCGGGCGCACGCAGCUGAUGGCGGCUGCUCCCCAAAUCCGGGGGGCUCCCCCAAAACGGGGGGUCCCGAGCCCCCUCCUCAUCCUCAGCCUCCUCCUCCUCCUCCCAGGUUCCAAGUGCCACAACCUCUCCUACCCCACGGUUCCCACCCCGCACUCGGAGACCCCAACCCCCCUGUCCGUGUCCACCAGCCCCGGCUCCGGCUCCUCCUGCGGCUCCCGGGGAGGGGUCCGCGUGUGGCCCGUGCCCACGUCCAGCUCCGCGGCGCCCGGGGAGCGCCUGACCCUCGAGUGCCGCUUCGAACCGCAGGACGCCAACGUCACCUGGCUGCAGGUGUGUCCCCGGCGCUACCGCGGCCACGGCUGGAGCUGCAGCUGGCCCCAGGAGGUGCUGGCCCGGGGCGGGGGUCGCCAGGUGGCUCAGAGCCGCUCGGGGGUGUCCACGCUGAGCUUCCCGCACCUGGAGCACAACCACAGCGGGCUCUACUUCUGCCUGGUGCAGUCCGAGAACGCGUCCGUGCAGUCCUGCGGGACCUUUGUCAGGGUCGUUGAGCCCGUGCCCGUGCCCUUCCUGGACCUGGGCGACGCCACCAAGAACAGGAUCCUGACGGCGCAGGGGGUGCUGCUGCUGCUCUGCGCCGCGGGGCCGGGGCUGCUGCUGCUCUUCAGGAAGCGUUGGGCCAACGAGCGGCUCCUCCAGCCCAAGAAAAUCUCACUCGAGGAGGAAAACCUUUAUGAGGGGCUGAACCUGGACGAGUGCUCCAUGUACGAGGACAUUUCCCGGGGGGUCCAACCCACCUACCAGGACGUGGGGACCCCCCCUGCCGCCGAUGGCCUCCUGGAGAAGCCUUAAAAGACCCCCGAAAACAAGGGGGGGGGGGAAUCCCACAGGACCCCUCCCCAAACCCCUGCGUGCCCCCCCCACCCCACAAAGGCUUUGCUUUGGUAUCUCAAGGCAGCGCUGAUACCCCCCCUCCCCAAAAUAAAACUGGUGAGGGGGUCUGGGGGGUACUGGGGGACCCCCCCCCUCACCUGGAGCUGAUAAAUUGCUAAUAAAUAAUUCAUUAAUCUUCAAUAAGUUGUGAAUAAAUAAUGAGGACGAGACCUCUGUUUUCCCCCAUUAUCCCCAAUUUCCCAUUUUCCU